AUGGUAGAACUUUCUUCAUCUAAUAUUGGAGGUCUGCCGUACCAAAAACGAUGCUCCGAAAAAGAAGCCCGACUAAGAGACAAUGAGGGGGAUAGACACCGAUGGAAGCUCAAUCCUCGAGGAAGGGUGGAUGCCUUAUAG